CGUUUUACAACUGACUCGAAAGGUCUCCGAUGCUGAGGCCUAGCGACCGAGUUUUGUUUCUCGGACUCUUUUUAUUUUUACUUGUUUAUUUACUGAAACCCGUUUUGAGCGGGCGGUUUCCUUAUGACGGUUUUUUGCCGGAGAAAAGCAGAGGGGUUUUCGGCGCAGUCGCUUGCCUUGAAAGUGAAUUAAAUCUGAAGCGAGUAUCCGGAGUGAGGAAAGAUGACAUCUCGGAGGUGGUUCCAUCCCAACAUCACCGGUGUGGAGGCUGAGAACCUGCUGCUGACGCGUGGCGUAGACGGAAGCUUCCUGGCUCGACCGAGCAAAAGCAACCCAGGUGAUUUCACCCUUUCUGUCAGGCGAAAUGGAGCAGUCACCCACAUUAAAAUCCAGAACACGGGGGACUACUACGACCUGUACGGAGGAGAGAAAUUUGCCACGUUGGCUGAGCUGGUGCAGUUUUACAUGGAACACCACGGGCAGCUAAAGGAGAAGAACGGUGACGUGAUCGAGCUGAAGUACCCGCUCAACUGCGCUGACCCGACGUCGGAGAGGUGGUUUCAUGGUCACCUUUCGGGCCGUGAAGCCGAGAAGCUGCUGACAGAGAAAGGCAAGAACGGCAGUUUUCUGGUCCGAGAGAGCCAGAGUCAUCCUGGGGAUUUUGUGCUCUCCGUACGAACCGGCGAUGACAAAACAGACAGCACCGACACCAAACCCAAAGUCACCCACGUCAUGAUUCGCUGCCAGCAUGAUAUGAAGUAUGAUGUUGGUGGAGGGGAGAAGUUUGAUUCCCUGACAGACCUGGUUGAACACUACAAGAAAAACCCCAUGGUGGAAACACUGGGCACUGUGCUUCAGCUCAAACAGCCUCUCAACACGACACGCAUUAACGCAGCCGAGAUCGAGAGCCGAGUGCGAGAGCUCAGCAAGCCGGCCGAGGCGACUGAUAAGGUCAAACAGGGCUUCUGGGAAGAGUUCGAGACACUUCAACAGCAGGAGUGCAAGCUGCUGUACAGUCGCAAAGAGGGCCAGCGUGCUGAGAACAAGAACAAGAACCGAUACAAAAACAUCCUUCCCUUCGACCACACGCGAGUAGUCCUCAACGAUGGCGACACGAACGAGCCGGGCUCUGAUUACAUCAACGCUAACAUUAUCAUGCCGGAGUUAGAGUCGAAGAGCAACAACGCCAGGUUAAAGAAAAGCUACAUCGCUACACAGGGCUGCCUGCAGAACACAAUAAGCGACUUCUGGAGGAUGGUGUUUCAGGAAAACUCUCGUGUCAUUGUGAUGACGACGAAAGAGGUUGAGAGGAGCAAGAGUAAGUGUGUGAAGUAUUGGCCGGACGUGUCGGCACUAAAGGAAUACGGUGCCAUGCGAGUGCGGAACGUCAAGGAAACGUCGGCUCAUGAUUACAUCCUGCGAGAGCUGAAGCUUUCGAAAGUCGGACAGGGAAACACAGAGCGCACUGUAUGGCAGUACCAUUUCCGUGCCUGGCCCGAUCAUGGCGUGCCCACUGACCCCGGUGGUGUGCUAGACUUCCUAGAGGAGGUCAAACUGAAACAAGAGGGCAUUCUGGAGGCUGGCCCCAUCGUAGUGCACUGCAGUGCCGGGAUUGGACGAACUGGGACCUUUAUUGUGAUUGACAUCUUAAUAGAUAUCAUCAGAGAAAAAGGAGUGGACUGUGAUAUUGAUGUGCCCAAGACGAUCCAGAUGGUGCGGUCACAGCGCUCAGGAAUGGUGCAGACUGAGGCCCAGUACCGCUUCAUCUACAUGGCAGUUCAGCAUUACAUAGAGACACUGCAGCGCCGCAUAGAGGAGGAGCAGAAAAGCAAAAUCAAAGGACGAGAGUACACCAAUAUUAAGUACUCGCUGACGGAUCUGAGCGGAGGGGACCAGAGCCCGCUUCCUCCCUGUACUCCGACGCCAACCUGUGCCGAUAUGCGGGAGGACAGCUCCAGAGUGUAUGAGAAUGUGGGUCUGAUGCAGCAGCAGAAGAGUCACAGAUGAGGUUCUGACUACAACACUGUCCAACUCACAGCAACCAUUUUUCCUUAUUGCCAGCCGCACCUGAAAUGUGAUCAUCGCUACACGGAAAGAUGAAAAUAAAAUGUAUUCAAAAAAAAAAGAGGGAGAGAAAAUGCAGACCAGUGUGUGAGGGAGAGAUGUGGAUGGAGUAAAUUCCUUUCUGCUCCCUGCAAAGCAGCUUUUUUUUUUUUUAAAACCCCCCACCCUACCGCACCCCAUGCUAAGAAACCACUGUGAACAUCAUGAAGCCUUACUCGUGACGACGGAGACAAGGGAAAGGGGGAGAGAAAGAGAGAGACCCUGCAUAAACAAACUGACCCGCUGUGGAGUUCUCCACAAUCCAUUCAGGCUGCAAUUAGCAAAAUUUAGAAAAGAGCUUUUGCUGUCUUGUCAUUUUCCUGUCUGUCUGUCUUUUUUGUAUUUUUUAUUUUUUAUUAUUUUUUUUAACCAAAGCAAGAUUCUAUUCAAAUUAUUCAGAGAAUUAUGGUAUUCUGUAAGGAUGUGAAAAGGCACAUGCUUGACACCGAGCCUUAACUAGUCGUCCAGUUCUCAUGUUGUCAAUUCUUUGGCCGCCAGGUAAAAGAUUUAAAGGGAAAUUCUUCCUCAGAGCCUGACGUGAUCAGCUUGCUUUUUUUUUUUUCCCCUCCCCCUUCUUCCUGUCCUCCCCCUUCCCCUCCAUCAAAGGUAUAGCUGUGUCCCACUUCAGUUCGCCCUACUUAGAGUGUAGUGUUUAAUUUUAAGAGGAGAAGGAGCUGCUCUUUUGGGAGACUCAAUCCAAAAUCCAGCACAUCUUGUAUGUCCCUUGACCCAUGGAUUGUUAGGAUUCGGGUAUUUUUAAAACCGCUCCAUCCUGGUUGUGUCAAAGUUACUGAAUCAUUGUUGGGGUUUGAACUUUUUACUGUUUGUCAUAUUCAUUCUAUUCUUUUUUUUUUUUUUUUUUUAAAUAAUGUGCCUUUUUUUUGUUUGCCUUAAAAAAAAAAUUGCCUGUUGUGUACACGUAUGUAUGGGCACCAUGAAAUCAUUUCCAAGUCCUUGUUGAAAACAUGACUGCAUGUUGAGAGGCUUUUGAGGUCCUCGCUGAUGAAAAAUCCUUUUUUUUUAAAUAUAAAUGUUAUUAAAAAAAAGUCAUCUUCUUACAGUAUGUAUUCUUGCAGGUAUGUCUGAAUCGUUCCAUUUUUAUUUUCGCUCCAGCAGACCGUCUCCUUCGACCAAACUCUUCUCCAAUCUGUCUGAAUUUGUGUCAUCAGUAUUUCUUGUUUCUGUAACGAAAUUCCCAUUCUUUUUGUUAAUGUAUUAUUCCGCACACGGUUUAAAGCGUUUCUUCAUUCUUCGGCCUCACCAUUUCAAAUUUGUGAUGUGUGAUCUCUUGCCCCCCCCAUGAUAUCAUUUUAUAAUUUGACUAGUUCUCUUCAGACACUUCUGAAUGUAAUUCUGCUAUUUGAAUUAUAUUCAUAAUUACAAUACUAAUCUUUUCUAUUAAUACCUUUAAUGGGCCUUAUGGGAAGCUAAGUGUUCGAUUCUGUUCUCGCAGGUGAGGAUCGCCCAGAUGUUCAGGGCUUGUAAUCAGCAAACUGUACUGCGUCCAUUUAUUGUACUGUAGUGAGUGUGUCUCUUACUGUGGAUUGCUUAUGGUGUUGUAUGUAUGAUAGGGUCCUGAGAAACUGCUGAUAAGCUUUCAGCUCCUUGAUGCCUAAUUUUUUAUUUUUAAAAAUGUAAAAAAAAUUUUUGGGCCCAUGCACUUUUUUUUUUUUUUUUUUUGUGGUCUUUUUCAUCCGGUUUCAUCUGUGCACUUAGUAACGUCUUUGCGUACACACUCACACACCGACACUUGUCUUUGAGAAUCUCCAUAGUCAUCAAGAUUCGUCGCCAUAAAAAGUCUGACUUGUAACCCCAGAACAUGCUAAUGUGAAUUUUUGUCAUCCUGAAGAGCGUAAAUGGGAAAUGAAUUCAAUGCAAACAAACUAUAUUUUUGAACUUGUAUAUUGUACAUGAAUCUUGUAGAGGAGAAUGUACUUACUAAACAUAUCUAAAUGCCAAUAAAAUAUACUGUAUGUUUAACCCAGCAACUUUUCUCACGGCGGAAUGUGAGCCCUGCCGAAGCUAAUAGAGGUUAUUGUGUUGUCUGGCUAUCAAUGCAAUUAACCAUUUUAUCAAUUUGUCUAUAACAAUAAACAACAAACUCAUA